AUGGCCAUCAACGUCGAUUCAUUGACGGAAAGAUUCGAAUCGCAGACUCUAGAUCAGGACGAGGUGGUGAACUUCAAAGGAGCUGGGAAGAAACUCGACAACAGAGAGGACAUCGAGCCAGUCUGUCAGGCUCUAGCGGAAAAGCCCGAUGUCACGAUUUUCUGUCUCCAGGGCAACACCCUCGGCUCCGAUGCGGCGAAGUGUCUCGGUGAUUCGUUAUCAAAGUGUCCGAAACUCCAGCGGUUGCAAUGCGAGGACAUUUUCACGGGUCGCAUGAAGACAGACAUUCCUGUUUCCUUGGGACAUUUCUCGACGGGACUCAUAUCAUCCGGAUGUCAGCUCGUGGAGCUCGACUUCUCGGGAAACGCGUUCGGUGAGCUUGCCAUCAACGCUCUGUACAGCCUUCUGACGGCGUCAACGUGUUUCUCCCUCAGAGAGCUACGGCUUCACAACACGGGUCUGGGACCCUCGGGCGGUGUGAGAUUAGCCCAAGCUCUCCUGGAAUGUCUAGAGAAAUCUGAGGGAGCCUUCAGGCUCGAAACGUUCGUGUGCGGUCGCUCGCGACUCGAGAACGAGGGCGCCAAAGCGCUGGCCAAGUUCUUCGCCAACUCACCGGAUCUCAAGGAACUCAUCAUCCCACAGAACGGAAUCUUCAAGGAGGGUCUCACAGCGAUAGGCGAAGCGCUCACAAACUGUCCCGAAAUUCUCGCACUCAACGUCAACGAUAACAUCUUGAGUGCGCACGGAGCGGAAAUGAUCAAAACCUAUCUCGCUCAGUUGACCUCUUUACGGUAUUUGAAUGUCGGAGACUGCGUUCUGAGAUCGAAGGGAGCCGAGCACCUAGCGGAAGCGAUUCAAGAGCUCCACGAUUUGCGAGAAUUGCAUCUCGGUCAUAACGAGAUAGAGAUCGACGCCGGGCUGAAGAUUGUUGAAGCUGUAGCCAACAAAGCGAACCUCAGCGUUCUCGAACUCGACGGAAACUGCUUCGGAAAACAAGGUAUCGCACUGAUUGAGGACCGAAUGGAGAAACUCGGUCUCAUCGAGGCCCUGUGUGCUUUCAGCGAAGACGAGGAUGAAGCGGACGAGGACGAGGAUGACGAUGGUGACGGUUCCACUUUUGAGAGUUUCGCCGCCAGCCCGACAUUGGAAUCGCUCUUACAACUUCAGAAUCCCCGGGAGCAGUCCCAGGCGUACUUGGAGAACUUCCAGUGCCUGAGUCACGCAGGUUUCCUGAGGAUCCUUGUUAAAAUCGCAUCCGCCUGCGAUGGGUCUGAAGAAGCGGUAGAGAAGGCGACUGAAUGCGCAGCACCUGUCAUGGAGAAAAUCGCCCAACUGAAAUACGAACCGAACGCGCUCGUGAACGAGUUCGCAGUCCACUACGGUUUCGUCAAAGACGAGGAAAGGAGUGUCAGGACCUUGAAGGAUAUCACGGGGCUCUUACUGAUCACCGCGAGCUUCCUCAAUCGUCUCCCCGUGGAGGUUUCGAGCGCACUGAAAACCUUCGUGUUGAACAUGGACGCCACUAAAUGCUCGAAGACUCAUAUCAAGAAGGUACUGUCGCUCUACGAAAGCUUCUGAAUGAAUCCAUGAGAUCUCAAUAAGGGAUUCCCAACGCUCAAGUUUGAUGUGAUUCGGCUUUACAACCCUCUCGGAACAUCAGACAUCCCAUUGAUCAUCCCGUUUCACCGUGCCCCGAACUUGGCUUUUGCAUGGAGCUACGUCUGUAGAGGAAUGUCGAUUGCGAGAAUCGUUCCCAACUGGAUAGUAUUUUACAUCGAAGAAGUUGUAUUUUUCUCACUCGUGAUGAUUUGAACAUGUAAAUGUAAAGUAAAAUUAAUGAUCUAUUGAAAUGUAUUCG